CUGACAAGCUUGACAUCAACGAAUUUUACAUGUGCAUUUUUAUCCAAUUUUACAAGAAACUUUAUUAGAAAUUACAAGAUAUUUUAUGGUUACAUAGCGAUUUAAAGAACAUAAUGGCCCCGACAAAAUCUGUGCAUCCGAUGCUUUCCGAACUGGCAUCUCGCCACACCAUUUCCACAAGGAGCAGGGCAAUUGCAAACUGUGGCCAAACCAAAGAUGUCUCGCGAACUAAACGAAAGGCUGACUGUUCACCUUCGAAAGAAAACAAAGCCAACAAAAGAACAGCCUUUGGAGACAGAAACGUCAAUGUCAACGACUUAAAAAUAAAAGCCUUAGAUGAUAAGCACAAGGUGGGCUUGAAGUCAUCCCUGCCAGUGAAAAAAGUAACAGUGCAAGUUAAAACUCUAACUUCCGUUAAGACAAUAUUAAAACCUAGACAAAACGAGAACUUACUGGCGCCGCCGCCGGCUCCCGGACACAAAAUUGUUACGAGAGCUACUGGGAAAACUGUUAUAGUACCUGAUCAGACUGCUCAGAAACCAAAAGAAGUACUAAAGGAUAGUACUAAUGCCAAUAAAGCUAACAAGAGACUGAGCAAUGAGUUCGAGAAAACUGAGGAGACGUUAUACUGUACUGCCUUAGAAGACGUUAAUGACACUCCAUACUUCAGUGCAAAGAAACAUCAAGGUACCAGAUCCGAAAAGUCGACCGAGUCUUCACCAUGUAAUAAUGGGGAACAAGCUAGUGCGAACAACAUUUCCCUAGUGGCUGAACAGAUUGAGACCAGACUGAAUCUUGGCAAUCACGAAGUUCCUUAUGAUGUCGAAGAUUAUGACAAAGAAAACUGGGACGAUAUAUUUCAGGUGUCUCAUUACGCAAUGGAUAUAUUUAAUUACUUGAAGGACAGAGAAGCAAGUUUUCAAAUUCCUGACUACAUGGACCGUCAGAUAUGCCUGACGCGUUGGAUGCGCUCACUUUUGGUCGACUGGAUGGUGGAGAUCCAGGAAAGUUUCGAAUUGAACCACGAAACUCUGUACCUCGGUGUCAAGCUUGUUGACAUGUACCUCAGCAGGAUGACAGUGGGAAAGGAAACUCUCCAACUUGUUGGGGCCGCCGCCAUGUUCAUAGCCAGCAAAUAUGAUGAAAGGAUUCCCCCAUCUGUCGACGAUUUCCUGUACAUCUGUGAUGGAGCGUACUCGAGACGCGAGCUGAUCAGGAUGGAAAUGAAUCUGCUGAAAAUAUGCGGUUUUGACCUUGGAAUUCCCAUCAGUUACAGGUUUUUGAGAAGAUAUGCCAGGUGUGCGAAAAUAAGUAUGCCUGUGUUGACCCUAGCGAGAUAUAUAUUGGAAUAUUCGCUGAUGGAUUACAAGACGGUCACUAUCCGAGACUCAAAACUGGCAUCGGCGGCACUUUACUUGGCGCUAAAAAUGAAGAAAAUUAGUGGUUGGACCCCCACUCUAGAAUUUUACACAGGCUACUCACUGAUGGAAAUAAUGCAAGUAGUGUUCCUACUAAACAACGGAAUUAGUCAGCCUCCCAAGUCUCAGUUGAUGACCGUACGUAACAAAUACUCCCACAAAAUAUUCUUCGAAGUAGCGAGAACUCCACUAGUUAAAAACGAAGAUCUAUAACGAUAGGCCAGUAUUACGAUCUUAGGAUGUACAUGUUUUAUAUUCAUUUUUACAUAUUUUAUUGACAUUUUACAUGAUUGUUUCUUUGUAUAAUUUUGCAAGGUAUACACAAUACUAAUAACUAAUUUGUGAUGCAAUUUCUAUAAAAUUGUGUAUAUUUUUAUCCAAUGUUUUUAACAGAAUUAUAUUAAUUCUCAAUAUAUAAUUUUAUUUUCGAUAUAAGCUUCAAUUGUAAUUGACUACCUACUUAUCUCUUAUUUUAGUAUCUCGAAAUAUAUUUUUAAAAUCCUUAUCACUGUUCCACUAGUAAUUUCUUUUGUUGAUUCUUCCGCAGCCAGGGCGAUUAAUGUACUUUGUUGUUAAAUAAAUAAAA